AAGAGGAAGAAAGUAGGAAAAAAAAAAAAAAAGAGUCAAGCCGAGAAAGUCUGAGGUGAAGUCAGAAGUGCAUCUGGUGGGGGAGAGAGUGGGCGAUAAUGGAGAUUUCGAGGUUUGGUUUACUUGUGUUUACAAUCGCAAUUCUGGCAUCACCGGCACUCUCCGAUCUAGUCCUCUCCAAAGUCGAUCGACGCAUUUAUUUGACAUCACAAAUUGUACGGAUUUCUUCAACUUUAAAGGUGGAGAAUGCAGGUUCUGAGAUGGUGUCUGAGGUUCUGUUGGCUUUUCCCGAGCUUCAAGCCAAAAACUUGGCAUAUUUGAUGGCUGCCCAACAUGAAGGGAAAGGGAAAGCAAAAAAUUCUGUGGUUGCUCUCUCUGUUGAGGUCGCCAGCCCGAAAGACAUGCCUCCUGCUUUAACAUUCUAUUCAGUGUCAUUGCCUAAGGGAUUAGCUGAGGGUGAUAGCUUCACUUUUGAUGUCUUGGCUGUAUAUACCCAUGCCUUGCAACCUAUUCCUGAGCAAAUCACUCAGGCUGAUAUUCAGCUUGUAGUUUACCAGGAAAGUGCAUACUAUCUAUCUCCUUAUGUUGUCAAGGUCCAGUCCCUAAGCAUUAAAUUGCCUGAUUCUAGAAUUGAAUCCUAUACAAAACUGGAGAACACAAAGAUUCAUGGUUCAGAAAUCAAAUAUGGUCCUUAUGAGAAUCUUCCUACAUUCUCGUACUCACCCAUAGUAGUUCAUUUUGAGAGCAAUCAACCCUUUGCUGUUGCUCAGGAAUUGGUGAGAGAGAUAGAAGUUUCCCAUUGGGGUAAUGUGCAGGUCACCGAGCAUUACAAGCUCGUCCAUGGUGGAGCCCGAAGCAAGGGUGAAUUUUCCAGGCUUGAUUUCCAGGCUAGACCAAAUCUUCGAGGUGCAUCAGCCUUUAGGUAUCUUGUUGCAAAUUUGCCACCAAGGGCUCAUUCUGUUUAUUACAGGGAUGAAAUUGGCAAUAUAUCAACAUCUUAUCUGUGGGGUGACUCCAAAAAGACUGAACUAUUGAUUGAACCAAGGUACCCCAUGUUUGGUGGCUGGAAAACUGCUUUUACCAUUGGAUAUGGCUUGCCACUUCAGGACUUCUUGUAUAAAUCAGAGGGGAAACGCUUUCUUAACAUCACUUUUAGUACCCCAAUGGUUGAGUUGAUUAUUGAUACUCUCAUUGUGAAGGUUGUGUUGCCCGAGGGUUCUAGUGACAUAUCUGUAUCUGCUCCAUUUCCUGUGAAGCAGUGGCAAGAGACCAAAAUCUCCCACUUGGAUAUUGAUGGUAGACCGGUAGUUGUGCUGGAAAAGACUAACGUUGUGCCGGAGCACAAUCAAUAUUUUCAGGUCUAUUACAAGUUCAACAAACUAUCGAUGCUUAGAGAGCCACUGAUGCUAAUUUCAGGAUUUUUCUUUCUUUUUGUUGCUUGCAUUGUUUAUAUGCAUGCUGACAUAUCAAUCUCCAAGUCUUCUGCUUCUUAUUUGGCUAAACAGCAGUGGGAAGAGGUUCAGGGUGCAAUUCAGCAGGUUCAGAAUAUCAUGAGCCGAUGCUUGACAACACAUGAUAAGCUGGAAGCAUCACUACGUGAUCUUUCUAGGACAGGGGAUGUUCAAGCCUGUAAAGCUGCUCGAAAAGCAGCUGAUGGUUUGUUAAAGGAGCUGUCAAAAGAAUUGAAACCAUUGCUGACCUUCUUGCAUUCUUCUCCAUCAGCUGCUCAAAUAUUACCCAAGGUGGAAGAGCUGGUGGCUAAGGAGAGAGAAUUGCAAGAAAAGGUGAUGGCAAAGCACUCUACAGUGGUGGAUGGCUAUGAGAAGAAGUCUGGGGCACGGGAUAUUGAGAACCGGGUGGCGUUGCAGCAACAGAAACUUACAGCAUUGAGGCAGGAGGUUGACAAUCUUCUUGAGUUCAUUGAUGAAAUAUAAAGUAGGCAUAGUAUAUUGCUCCAAACUGAUGACCUUGUCAUUUGUAACGCGGGGGUCAGAAUUUUGUUUAAGGAUUAUAGAUGAGUUAACCCUAGUUUCAAUGUUUUCUUCUUUUGUUUAUCUCUGGAACGUUGUUUCUUCCUUAAUCUAUAUGACUUUUACAUACAAUUCAAUAUUGAA